AGAGCUGGUAUGUCACUCACACCCAAAGCACGAAGUCUUCUCCUUCCUUUUCUCCAAAUUACGUUCAAAAAAUUAAAAACAAAAAAAAACAAAAAAUUUUCCGUUUCCAGAUCCUAAAAAGGAAGGAAAAAAUUCGCGGAAGUCCCCGAUGCGAGGCCAUGAUUGGAUCAACACGUGUCUUCCCGACGAGCUGAUCCUGGAGAUCUUACGGCGGGUGGACUCCAAAGCCAGCCACGACGCCUGUUCCCUCGUCUGUAAACGGUGGCUCGGCCUGGAAAGGCUCAGCCGCAGCACCCUCCGCAUCGACGCGUCGGGAAGCCCCGACUUAUUCGUCAAGCUCCUCGCACAACGCUUCGUCAAUGUCAAAGCCGUCCACAUUGACGAGAGAUUGUCCGUUUAUGUACCUGUCAACGUGGGGAAAAAGCGUGGCAGAGAUGAGAAUGCGAUGGCAUCUCUCAAGGUGCAUUAUGCAGGUGAAAAAAGUGGGUCCGAAGAAGAGGUGUGUGAAUCAUUCUGUUUGACGGAUGCUGGUCUGACUGCAGUUGCCGAAGGCUUUUCUAAACUAGAAAAGUUGAGCUUAAUCUGGUGCUCUAAUGUUACAAGUUUGGGUAUAAUGUCCCUUGCACAGAAAUGUUAUUUCUUGAAAUCUUUGGAUUUGCAGGGUUGCUAUGUUGGAGAUCAAGGUCUAGCUGUUGUUGGCAAGUGUUGCAAGCAACUUGAGGACCUAAAUUUGCGUUUCUGUGAAAGCUUGACUGAUGCAGGAUUGGUUGAUUUGGCCACUGGUUGUGGGAAAUCAUUGAAAUCUCUUGGUGUGGCUGCUUGUGCCAGAAUAACUGAUAGAUCAUUGGAAGCUGUGGGGUCUUGCUGCAAAUCUCUUGGGACCUUGUCAUUAGAUUCCGAGUCUAUCCGCAAUAAAGGGAUCCUAGCUAUUGCCCAAGGAUGUCCUCUUUUAAAAGUCUUGAAGUUACAAUGUAUUAAUGUCACAGAUGAGGCUCUGACAGCUGUGGGAGUUUCUUGUUUGUCAUUGGAAAUGUUGGCCUUGUACAGUUUCCAGCAAUUUACAGACAAGGGUCUUCGUGCAGUUGGGAAAGGGUGCAAGAAGCUAAAAAAUCUUACUCUGAGUGAUUGUUAUUUCCUGAGUGACAAGGGUCUGGAGGCAAUUGCCACUGGUUGCACUGAACUUACGCAUCUUGAAGUUAAUGGCUGUCACAAUAUUGGAACCAUUGGAUUGGAGUCUGUUGGGAAAUAUUGCCCGCGCCUUACUGAGUUGGCUUUAUUAUACUGCCAAAGAAUUGGUAACUUUGCUCUUUAUGAAGUUGGAAGGGGCUGUAAAUACUUGCAAGCUCUUCACUUGGUAGAUUGCUCUAGCAUUGGAGAUGAAGCAAUUUGCAGUAUAGCAUAUGGUUGCAGAAAUUUGAAGAAACUCCAUAUUAGGAGAUGUUAUGAGGUUGGAAACAAGGGAAUCAUAGCAGUUGGUGAGAAUUGUCACUCUCUCACGGAUCUUAGUCUCCGAUUUUGUGAUAGGGUGCGGGAUGAGGCUCUUAUUGCCAUUGGCCAGGGAUGCCCCUUACAACAUCUAAAUGUCAGCGGCUGCAACCAAAUUGGUGAUGCUGGAAUUGUAGCCAUUGCAAGAGGAUGCCCUCAACUCUCUUACCUAGAUGUGAGUGUUCUCCAGAAUUUGGGAGAUAUGGCAUUGGCUGAGUUAGGUGAAGGUUGCCCCUUACUCAAGGACUUAGUCCUCUCACAUUGCCACCAAAUAACCGACAUUGGUCUUUCCCACCUCGUAAAAAAUUGUCAAAUGCUUGAGUCCUGCCACAUGGUCUACUGCCCUAGCAUAACCGCCGCAGGAGUUGCCACCGUGGUUUCUAGUUGCCCCAGCAUAAAGAAGGUCCUGGUCGAGAAAUGGAAGGUUAGCCCUAGAACCAAAAGAAGAGCGGGCUCAGUCCUCUCCUAUCUCUGCGUGGACCUGUAGUUUAGAACAUCGAGUUGUGCAAAUCAAGCUGACCACGUUUCAAACAGCUAACAUGACAUGAAGAGGAUUCAAGUUUUACUGUACAUGCCUUUCCUGCUUAUUUAAUGGUUUUUCUUUUUCGCCUUUUCCAAGUCACUUUCCAUGUAUCAAGGUUCUUUGUUUUUUUGAAAUAAUAUCAAGGUUCUUGUUGUA